AUGAAAUGUGAUGAUGAUAUGAGCCUUGAUCCUGAUGACGAAGCCCAACCGAGUGUCAAGCAGCUACUCGCUGGAUUUCAGAAGAAAAUUGGGAAUGAUUCGUUUCGAAAGCCGCCGCUGCCGAUUCGUCGCGCGCCUCCACCACCUCCCCACCGCGCAGAAUCAAGACUUUCGAACACCGACGAAUCAAUUAAGUCUCGAAGAAGUCCCGGACCUAAGCCAAAAGUGGCGCCGAAACCUCUGCAUUUGCUGAAUUCGAACUCGUCACCUCAAAUAAUGUCACCGACGAGUUCUUGCCAAACUCCAGAUAUUCUCGUUUCUCCCGUUGGAGAUGAGAAUGACAUCAAUUUCGAAUCAUAUGUCACGGAUUCCACUAUUAAUUCUCAAAGAUCUGAUAAUGAUGUGAAAUCUCGUGCAAAAGCCCUUGAAGAUAUCGGACUUGUGCUUCGACCGGAUCGUUUUGAAAGGCGUGAAAGGCCGAUUUCGGAAGUUUCAACAAUUUCGCAGGCAAGUACGGAAUACGAUGAUGGCGAAACGAGUGAAGACGAUAGUGUAACCGAUGGACACUCGUUGAACAUUCAUCAACUGAAUAGAAAAAAACAUGAAGAUGAUUUCGAUGAGCUUCCACUUCCAAGACAUGAAAGAAAAGCGACAUAUUGCGCUAAUACGCACACCGAAAUUAUGCAAGAAAUGGAGCAAAUGGGUUUUGUUAGAGAUUCGAAAUUGGUCAAAAAACAGACGAGGUUGACAACAAGACGAGGUUCGAAUAAUGACGCCGAAAUUCCAGCAGAUGUCGGCAAAUUGCGUGAUACGCGAAAAGGACGUCAUAAUUCACUCUUCGUUCCGUCAACAUCUGGAAUUUCGACGUCGGAUAGCGAAUUUUCGCGAAAUUUGAGCGGAAUCAGCGAUCGAAGUAGUACGUUGACCACCGGAAGCAGCGAUCAACCCGAAAUUAUCAUUCCGGAUUAUAAUACUGGAGACGAGGAAGAGGACGCACGUCUCAAAAAACUUCACUACGCUGCCGUUGAAUUCCAGAAAGUGCAAAGCAAUUAUGUGCAAUACCUCACUGAAAUGGCCGUGCUCUAUCCAACUUAUAUGGAAAGGUUUGGAAAGAAUAUUGGCAAGGAUUUGUUGGCACCGAAGGAAGGAGUCGAAAAUGUGGUGUUGCAGCUCAAAAAGAUUCUUCUACAGAUUCUCCCUUCUCAUGAGAUGCUUCUGAAUGAGAUUACUACUGUCAUCAGUAAUUGGGACUCGCGCCAUCCAAAUAUGAGCAAUGUUAUUUACACCUAUGCCGAUUUCUUAAAAUGCUGCCAACCAUUUCUCAACAAAAAAUCUGAGUUUUUGACUAAUUUGCUUGCAUUGAGGAAUGAGAACAAAGAAUUUGACGAGGCCACAUAUAUGUUUGAAACAGAAGUGUUUAAUCGCGGAAAAAAAGGCGCUGUAAUCCAACAACUCGAUCAAGUGCACCAAAAUUUCAUGAGAUACAAAUUGCUCAUGCUUCGAUAUUUGGAGUAUUUGGAAGAAGGCACUGAGGAGCACAAAAAAGCUCAAGAAACUGUCGAGAAACUUGAGCAAAUCACUCAAGCGGUCAACGCGAAAAUGGGUUUGCCAACGACCGAAGAAUUGACGAAAUUGUACUAUCGGUUUCAGUGUCAGUUUAAUGUUCUUCAACCUGGUCGAACUCUAAUUCGCCAAGGAGAUGUGCUGAAGCAGACUAGGAAAGAUCAACAACCACGAUAUCUUGUAUUGUUCACCGAUUGUUUGUGGAUAUGCCGAGUAAAUUCGCGAAGUCAUUUCGAUUUGCAUCGUUCCUACCGGAUACCGGUCGAAGGAAUUCGAACGAAUAUUCUUGAUCACGAGGACUAUGCGCGUUGCCUUUUUAUCCGAAGCAAAGUCAAGAGUGUCAAUUUGAUAUUCGGAAAUGAAAAGGAGCGAGAUAUGUGGGAUCAAGACAUUCAAAAAGCGAUACUUGCCAGAAAAACCUAUAAAAGAAGACAAUCUGAGGCGAUAAUCAAACAGACAAUGAACAAGAAACAACUAAAUAAACAUCUGGACGAAGCAAAAAAUCAAGAAGUUGAAGACGGUUCUGAAGGCAUUGAAGAAAGACCGCAGGCGAUUGGACAAUCAAGAUCACAUUCACUAUCAGUUAGUGAAUCAGAUGGUUUCUCUUCUGUUCCUCAAACUCCAAUUGAUGAUACUGAUGAACCCGAUUUGAAUGCGUUCUUGAACGGAAAAAUGGCCGAAGCUGGAACUAGUCAAGGCUCAAGAUCUCUUCCUAAAUUGCCUGGAGGGGAUGUAAAGCCGGUGUGGCUUCCGGAUAAAAUGUCAAACGCUUGUCUGAUGCAAGGAUGCAGCACCGAGUUCAAUCUAAUCAACCGGAGGCACCAUUGUCGAGACUGUGGAUGGUUAAUAUGUAGCGAUUGCACAGGAAAAGCGCCAUUGUCGAAAUAUGACUAUCGAAAACAGAAUGUUUGUCCCGAAUGCUAUGAGAGAAUCCAUGAGAAAUAUAUCAGUGGCUAUCUUUUUCCUCAAAAUCGACUAAGCACGAAUAGCGAUGGAACAUGUAUGGUUCGAGUGGGGAAAAGACAUGAAUCGCAAUCUAUAGAAGCUCGAAAAUUAUUUAAACCUCCUUACAAUUUUAUGCUCAAGAAAGUGGAUAUUGAUGAAAAACGAGCUGGCCUAGCCUUUGGAAAAGUUUACUUUAGGAUUCGAAAAGGAUCUGAAGUUGUCCGAUACGCUCUUCUAACUAAUGACCUUCGACUGUUAUUUUACAAAGCCGAAUUAGACUGUAAACCUGUUUUCGAAGUAUUCGUUCAUGGAUAUAAAUAUCGCGAAACAGAUCUAGAUGGAAAAGACGGGUGGCUAUUUCAGCUAGUUCAUCGAAACCAAAUCAAAACUGAUGAUACCAAAGACAAUGUAGUUGCCUUUCGUGUAGAUAACAAUGCGAGUGCCAAACGAUGGUCCUCAGCUUUUGAGCGAGUUUUAACACUGGAUGACGAUGCCGAAACAUCUAAUCGGGCCUCCGUUUAA